AGCGACGCUGGCUCAGUCACAGCAUCUUUCUGCCAGGAGGAGGAAGGAUACAGGAAACACACACACAGAGACACACACACACAGACACACACUCUCUGCUCAGUCAGACAAAGCAGGCGUUUCCAGGAGCGUCUCCUGCAGCCGGAGCUGGAUGUUGUGGAUGUUUGGACCUGGCGUGUCUUCACAUGGAGGCAUCUGGAUUCUAACCUGUGGCAGUGUGGGAGCGGAGACGUGCAGCAGUGGGACAACCCCGGCUCUGCUGCUUCACCACAGGAACCCUGUGUUCGGAUUCCUUCAGCUGAGAAACUGUUCAUCACCUGUAGCAUCAUGUCGUGCACCUGCUGUGUUUUGACUGCUGUCCACUGUUUGGACUGCGUGUGAGAGACCGGCCGGAGUUUUCUGCCUGUUGUGUGUGUGUGUGUGUGUGUGUGUGUGUGUGUGUGUGUGUGUGUGUGUGUGUGUGUGUGUGUGUGAGGUGCGUGGAUGUGUGUGUGUCAGGAUGAGCGUUCCCAUGUUAAAGAUCGGUGCGGUGCUCAGCACAAUGGCCAUGGUCACUAACUGGAUGUCCCAGACUCUGCCGUCGCUGGUGGGACUCAAUGGAACCGUCGUCUCCCCCGAGGGGACACAUGAGCGGAUCGUCAGUGGCUUGUACCCGGGCUCGGAGGAAGGCUGGCAGGUCUACAGCACGGCCUCAGAUCCCGACGGCAGAUGUGUGUGCACGGUGGUCGCUCCGGCACGAAACCUCUGCAAGCGAGACCCUCGGAGUCGACAGCUACGCCUGCUGACCGAACAGGUUCAGAAUGUGAGUCAGUCCAUGGAGGUGGUCGACCUGCGGACGUCCAGAGACCUGCAGUACGUCCGAGACUCCGAGCCGCUACUGAGAGGAGUGGAUGGACGUCUACACACGUAUGUGGCCAACCCCCGCUCUCUGACGGCAAAGGGCUUGCAGGAGUUGAAGGGCCAGAUGUCUCAGCUACUGCCCCUGCUGUCGGUGGUGGAGCAGUACAGAUUGGACCUGCAGACGCUGGCCGCCCUGCGAAUGGAGCUCCUCAACCUGUCCAUCGUCCUGACGGCCAUCCAGGAGGAGAUCGGAGCGUACGACUACGAGGAGCUUCAGCAGAGGGUCUUACUGCUGGAAACCCGGCUACACAGCUGCAUGAACAAACUGGGUUGUGGUCGCCUGACUGCAGUUAACGGCCCGAUCACCGUGAGAGCCUCGGGCUCCCGCUUUGGCUCCUGGAUGACUGACGCCAUGAUUCCCAGCUCCGACAGCAGGGUCUGGUCGAUGGACGGUUACUACAAGGGCAGACGUGUGUUGGAGUACAGGACCAUGGGGGAUUUCACCAAGGGCCAAAACUUUGUGCAGCAUCUGUUGCCGCACCCCUGGGCAGGAACCGGCCACGUGGUCUACAACGGCUCGCUCUACUACAACAAGCACCAGAGCAACAUCCUGGUCCAGUACCACUUCCGCUCCCGCAGCGUGUUGCUCCAGCGCAGCCUGAGUGGAGCCGGAUACAACAACACGUUCCCCUACAGCUGGGGAGGGUCCUCUGACAUCGACCUCAUGGCGGACGAGACGGGGCUGUGGGCCGUCUACACCACCAUCCCCAACGCUGGAAACAUAAUGGUGAGUCGUCUGGACCCCCGCUCGCUGGAUGUGCUCCACAGCUGGGACACAGGGUUUCCCAAGCGCAGCGCGGGGGAGGCCUUCAUGAUCUGCGGCACGCUGUACGUCACCAACUCCCACCUGGCCGGGGCCAAGGUCCACUUCGCCUACCACACCAACUCCUCAACGUACGAGUACACCGACAUCCCCUUCCACAACCAGUACUCCCACAUCAGCAUGAUGGACUACAACCCCAGAGAGCGAGCGCUGUACACCUGGAACAACGGACACCAGGUCCUGUACAACGUCACACUGUUUCACGUCAUCCGGAGCGACGGAUAGAUCCACGCGUACGGUCAAAUAUAGAGAUAUAGCGGAGAUGGAGGUUGGUGACAGGUACUGCAACUAACAUCACAUAUACAUACACACACAACGGCCGUUCAUAUCAAGAGGAAAAUGAUCUGUGUUUGAAUUUGAAUGCCCUCUAGGCCGCGAACGCUUUUCUGAGCUAAUAACUUUACACAAUACACGGUUGUCAAACACCAGUCGAAAGGUCACAGACGUAUUUACCACAGCGAAGACGAAGAUUAACUGCCGCUGCUACGAGGAAGCUGACGGGGAGGAGGAAGUCAGUCGGUUUGAGCUCAUCCAUGUUCUGUUGCGUUUCAUUCUACUCGUGUCUCAAGAUGUGAUUUUUUGGAAGUUGAGGUCAAAUUGUCGGAGGGAAAAAAAAACCAGAAAGAAAGAAAGAAAGAAAGAAAGAAAAGUCGGCUUGUGAACUGAAUCUCAACCGGAGCGACGACAAACGGCCCUGAUGGAGAUGUUCUGGGUUUGUGAUGUGAUUGUGGACGUAUUCAGUCUGCAUGGUUGUUCAUUCAAUAAACCUUACUGUCAAA